AUGUCUCGCAACAUCGGCCUCACCAGCUCCAGCCUCUUCCAACUCCUCCCAGUCACCGCAACAUGGUCACUCCCGUUUACGCUCUAUUCCCUCCUCCUCUCCGGCCGUGUGGUCAAGAUCCGCGUCGACAAUGAACAAUGGUCGGGCGACCGCCUGCAAUCCAUCCCCAUCUCGUCGUCCUCUGCGUCUCUGCAGUCUGACCCUCUGCACCAAUGCAUUUCGGCACACAGGAAUUUCCUCGAGAACGUGCCGUACGCCCUCAUUCUCGCCGGGCUAGCGGAGAUUAAUGGUGCCGACAAGAAGUAUCCGAGCAUGGCGAUGGCAACGCUUUUUGCAUUGAGGAUUGCGCAUAGUGAGGCUGGCUUGUUGGGCAAGGACGCGAUAGCGAACGGGAGACCGGUGGGGUAUUUUGGCACGCAGGCUUGGUUGGCGGGAGUCGCUGCGUAUUCAGCAUACUUAGUACGUGGAUACUGGGGGUAUUAG